AUGGCGCUCAGCACGACGACGGAUGCAUCGGUGGAUGUCAUCGCACAAAAGCAGCUCGAGUGUCUGGAGACGCUGAACCAAACCGUCGACACGACGAUAGCCGGAAUUUUCUGCCCCGGUACGUGGGACGGAUGGCUCUGCUGGCCGGAUACCGCAGCCGGCACCGUCGCGUACGCCCUCUGCCCCGCAUUUAUCAACGCUUUCGAUACGACGCGACUUGCCCACAAGGUGUGCGAAGAGAAUGGCGACUGGUUCCGGCAUCCGCACACCAACAAGACCUGGUCCAACUACACGACCUGCAUCAACAUUGACGACUUCGAGUAUCGGAGGCAGAUGAACCUAAUAUACGAAACCGGAUACGCCAUCUCGCUGAUAGCCAUCCUGCUGUCGCUCGCUAUUUUAAGCUACUUUAGGUCACUCAAGUGCGCACGAAUAACGCUACACAUGAACCUGUUUGCAUCCUUCGCCUGCAACAACUGCCUCUGGCUGAUGUGGUACCGGCUUAUCCUGACCGACCUCGACAUCCUACAGCAGAGCGGGGCCGGCUGCAUAACGCUGCACCUCGUGCUGCACUACUUCCUGCUGACCAACUACUCGUGGAUGCUGUGCGAGGGCUUCUACCUGCACACGGUGCUGGUGUCGGCGUUCGUCUCCGAGAAGAAGCUGCUCAAAUGGCUGCUGGCGCUCGGUUGGGGCUCGCCGACCAUCUUCAUCGUGCUGUACGGGUUCCUGCGGGCCUACGCCGGUCAACAGGAAGAUACGAUAGAGUGCUGGAUGAACGAUAGUUUCUACAACAAACUGUUCAUCGGACCGGUCGUCUUGUCGAUGCUGCUGAAUCUCGUGUUCCUGUUCAACAUUAUGCGCGUGUUGCUGCUGAAGCUGAAGGCACCGGCUGGCCCACAGGGUACCGCUCCGUCCAGGACGAUACUGCAAGCAUUCCGGGCCACGUUGCUGCUGGUGCCCCUGCUGGGACUUCAGUACAUCGUGACGCCGUUCCGACCGCGCCACGGACAUCCUUACGAGCGGAUGUACGAAACGGUACUUGCCUGCACGUCCUCCUUUCAGGGCCUGUUUGUGGCGUUCCUGUUCUGCUUCCUCAACGGCGAGGUGAUCGCGCAGGUGAAGCGCAAAUGGAGAACCGUGUUCCUGCGUACCCGCGCCAACUCGUACACCGCCACGCAAGUGUCUCCGGUCAACUUGCAGUUCGUCCGCUGCGGUCCGCCGGUGCCGGGUGAGGAGAAGGUUUGACUAAAGGAGUACGCAGACCGCGGACCAGCCAAGUCCGGCCGGAAGUCGAGCAGCAACGGCAGUAGCGGCCACCAAAGCGCCGGCGCCGGCAAACGGAAGCGCUCGCUGCUGUUGCUUCCGGCGUCGGAAUCGGUGACGCAUGCCAGCACAAACCUCCACCCGUCCGAGAACCUCCACAGCCCCGUACGCUCCUGCCAACCGGCCACCGAUGCAACCAUCCUCACAACGACCACCAACCCGACAGCCGACAGCUCCGUUGCGACAGCGACAGCGACAAUCGGUUCUACCGCACCGGUUCAGCGGGUACACUUCCGGCCGGAACCGCUCGCCGAUCUGCACCCACUUCCGGAGGCAAAGGCCGUCACCUUUCGGCCAGCGGCCGCUAACGGGUUCCAUGCGGUGGAAAACGAUUUCCCCGACGAUGAGGCUCCCGCGGAUGAAAUUCUCUAAGCGGUCGCUAUCUUGGGCUCGAGCGGGUGUCGAGUAGCUUUAAAUGGGAUCUUGUGUGUCUGUCCUCUAGGAUUAAGCGUUGGUUAAGUCCCGCACCGAAACAGGACUACCGUCGGCCAAAAACUAUACUAAUCCGAAUGUACGUAACGUGUAAAGUGAUAGGUUAAUAUUGACGUAACAAAAAAGCAGGCCAACACACAAACAAAUCCACUCCUAUCUUCGGUGCUAAAACUGUGGAUGCGUUUUUGGUAGUGCUUAAAGGUUUUAUUUUUCCCCACCCGAACACAAAAACCAACUUGCACUAGUUGAAUAACGUCCGCCAACGAGCGACGUUCAGAUCAACGACCACUUGGUGGUGGAAACACGCCGAUGUACUUCUACCAGAUGAAUGUUUGUAAUAAAAAUGACAGUAGAAAAGAAAACAACAAACUAUUACAUUUUAAUAAACAGAAACAUGCGGCUAGAUUUUAAGGGUAGAAUUGAGAGCCACAACAGAGCGCUCACCAAACUAGGAAUGACUGUGUCAUCGUGAAUGUGAAGCUCACCGUAAAGUUAGGGCCAAUGGGAGCCAAAACCAAGCACACACUUAAUGGAUAUACGAUAGGGCGAGUAAUGUUAAGAUGCCGGUCCAGUUCCGGCAAACGGAGGGUCCCGGCACACCGGGAAACGUGAGACGUAUUUUAAAGUAAGUAAAAAAAUAAAGAACGGAAGUAAAAUACACACACCCGCAUAGCAUAAUCGAUGGAAUUAGAUGAAUCAGUGUACAAUGGGAGGUAGGAAAACCAACCAACCACCCUACUUAGCGUUUAAAAAAUACCUACAACACAAACAGUUCCAUAGUUUAACUUAUGUAGAAGGAUUUAAAACAAAAAGUCCCAAUGUGCAACUGAGUGCGGAUGGUCUUGGAUACAAUUUAUAAGCAGACAUACUGUUAUCGAUGUGUUUUCGACCCAGUCACAUCACAAAAGAAACGAACCAGAUGAUAAAUAAAAACACUUGUGGUUG